UUUCUAAUGUUGCUGCGGGCAACACGGAGAGCAAGCGUGUAGCAGCAUGAUGGUGAAUUCAUGCAGGUUAGGUUCCCUACCGCUGGUCAAGCUUCUGAAAAGCUGAAGGAUAAUGACAUUUUUAAACGGGAUGUCUUUAGAUUUAGUUGUGCAUCUAUUUUUAAAAUGUCGGAGACUCGGAUUCAGUCACAUUUUAGCUAACACUGGACCUCUGUUUUCAGAUUUGCUUCCAUGCUAGUACAGCUGGCUAAUAGUGACCACUAUGAAAACCAAAAACAGUACAGCAAGGUUAAAGGGUGUAACGUUGCUGGGGCUUAUUGCGAUGUGGCUAAUGCAUUAUAUUACUGAAUGUGCCGUGCUAACAAUUGUGCCAUGAGGAACAAAGCGCAAAUCUGAGGUGUUCCCCAUCUCUCAUUUCUCCACAGUAGCAACAUUUGGGACGCAAGACCCCCAAAAUUAAAAAAUUCUCCCCCCAAAACUGGAAGGUUAACAUUCAUUGCCAUGCGUAUCAGUCUCUGCCAGGGCCUGUUAACGGGUGCCAUCGUCCUCAACCUCCUCAUCCUCUACUAUGUAUCUCGGGCCCAACAGCAAAUGAUGGAAAAAAGAAAGGAACUUGGCAGGGGCUCGAGGAGAGCUGCCCUACCAGCCUCUGGUCUAGGGGGAGGCCUUGGGGUUCUUGUAGGAGCUGGAGUUGAGCCAGGAGUGGCUGGGGUGGAGGGACACAGUCGCAGCCCACGAGUGACAGUUCUUCUCCGGGAGUUUGAAAACUUUGAGAAUUACGUUGGAGACGUGGCUACUUCCUUCCUCCGCCAGAGACCUGAGCUUCCAUUUCUCGCUGUCGCUGACACAUCUCCAUACCCUCCCUUAGUGCUUCCGGAGGGGUCUCGGCUUCUGGUGCUCUCCCCCAGCCCGGAUCAGCCACCGCAAGCUCACAGGCCAGAGUUCCAUGUCCAGACUGAGUUUGUGCUGCUGGUGCCUGAUGGGCUGGAAUUUGAGCAACCUCGCUCUAUAGAGAGGCUGAUCAGGGAACUGGAGGGUGAAGGUGGGGGUCCGGUGAGGGUGGUUGCUGCACCCGUGCUGGCUCGAUCUGCAGUGCAGUGUCUCCACCUGCGAGUGAACCUCAGAGAGUGGACAGCCACCUACUCGCCAGCUGCGUCUGGGAGCAGCGGGAGUGUGUGCACGGCUUUACAAGGCGAUGCUGUAGUCCUCAUUCGCACUGAGGAUCUUUUUAACCUUUCUGUGCCUCUGGGGCGGCCCCUCUUCUCCUCUCUCUUUGUCCAAACUGCCCUCAGAGGCUGGAAGGUGAAGCUGCUGGAGAGUCCCUGUUUCUCUGCAAAUCACCGUCCCCUCUUCAGCUCUGCUCAUAACCAGUGGAAAGCUGACACUCGACUGAAGGAGGCCACAGGGAAGCUCAUGAGGAGCUUUGGUUUGAAGCGCCUCCUGCUGCCUGAUGGGAAGGAACAGUGGUUUGGUUGCGGUAAAGAGACGACACGCUGCUUCGGCACAGUGCAAGAAGACACUCCAGAUUACCUUUACCUAGAUCGCUGGACACCACCGUGCUGCCUGCGAGGUCUCAGGGAAACCGCCAAAUAUGUCAUCAAUAUCCUGGAGACCUCUGGUGUGCGUUACUGGAUGGAAGGUGGGACUUUGCUGGGUGCCGUACGCCAUCAGGACAUCAUCCCCUGGGAUUAUGACGUGGACCUGGGCAUUUACUUGGAGGAUAUACCCAACUGCGAUCACCUGAAAAACCUGGACUCAGGCUCCCUUGUAGAUGCUAACGGUUACGUAUGGGAGCGUGCAGUGGAAGGAGAUUUCUACAGAGUCCAGUACAGCGAGGCCAACCACCUGCACAUUGACCUGUGGCCGUUCUAUGCGCGGAACGGCGUCAUGACCAAAGACACAUGGAUCGAGCACAAGCAAGACGUGGAGUUCCCAGAGCACUUUCUGCAGCCACUGGUGCCAAUGACGUUUGCCGGGAUCACUGCCUUCGCUCCCAACAACCACAGAGCCUUCUUGGAGCUCAAGUUUGGAGAGGGGGUGAUUGAGAACCCGCAGUAUCCCAACCCUUUAAAGAAAAGGCUGGACAAAAGUAAAUUAUGAGGCAUGAAAGAGACUCAGAGACUCUUUAAAAAAAAAAACAGCCAUAAAGAUGAUGCAGUUUCAAAAUGAUGGAGAUGUUUACCUAAAUUUCAGUCCACACACUUGUCUGCUGCAUCAGGCGUAUUUAAGUGACAAAGACUGGUUUCAGCACAUGUAGUGCUCAGUCUGUAUGUGUUGUACAGUAGAGUAUAAAUAAAGCAGCUGUACAUUUAACAUUAUUUGUAAUAUGCAUUUCUUGUUACAAGGUACUGUGUACACAACCUUGAGCAGGUUUUCAGGUUUUGUGAAUAUUUAAAAAUGAAGUGUUUUCAUCCAAACAGAAGCUUUCUGGAUAUUUUUUAACUGUUGUAUUGAUUUGCACUCAUUCUUCCAGUCUUCAGUUUUGCACUGUUUAUGAAUACAAUUAUUGUAUCUGUCCAGAUUUGGUCCCUGACAGCAGUAAUGUCGUAACACAAUCAUCCAUCCUGUUAUUGUUGGCAUACUGUAAGAAUGUUCUAUCGGGCCUUAGUAUUCAGUUGAGAACAUAAACUUUGAAUCAACAUGUAUUACCCUCUGUGCAAUUACGUGUGUUACUACUGAGCGAUGAACAGAAUUUCAAUUCAGCACCAGCCUCUCUGGGUACGACAUGUUACCUGUAAUGUUGUGUGUGAUGUAUGAAGGUGUCACUCCAUUUCAUAAAAAGGUUGAAUAAAUCUGAAAAGGGUUGUUUCAGAUUGA